GCUUUCCCGGCCUGCAUCAGGGCUUUCCCGGCUUGCACCACGGCGCGCAGAGCGGCAGCUAGGGCGCUCGACGCGGAAGGUGGGCGCGGCGGUGGCAGAGCGUGACCUCCUUGUCCGAGAUAAGGCGAGACGACAUGGAAGUGACCAUGCUAUAUAGUCUGGACUUGCCCGAACUUUCCUCAGCUCUCCUGCCUCAGCCUUCCAAGUGUGCCACCACACCUAGCUUAUCCCCGUAUUUGCUCAACCAUUCUGCUUGGCUUUCCUUCUCAUUAGUCUACAAAAUGGUUUGUGAAAGAUGCAAAUUCUGCACUGCUCAGUAACUACGAGGUGUUCCAGUUACUGACUGAUCUGAAAGAUCAGCGUAGAGAAAGCGGGAAGAUGAAGCAUAGUGCAGGGCAGCAGAACCUGAAUACCAUCACCUAUGAGUGGGAAGAGUCUGGCCAGUGGCAAGAAUUAGUUAUUCACAGAGAUACAGACUCCUUGGAAACACUGUUUGCAAGUUGGGGAUCCCCACCUGGAAGCCCACUCUGACAUUAAAAUACUUAUCAAAAACUCCGUGCAGACACCAGAGUCCUGAGAUUGUCAGAGAAUUUCUCACAGCAAUGAAAAGCCACAAACUGACCAAAGCUGAGAAGCUGCAGCUGCUGAACCACAGGCCAAUGACUGCCGUGGAGAUCCAGCUGAUGGUGGAGGAGACGGAAGAGCGGUUCACGGAAGAGGAGCAGAUCGAAGCGCUUCUCCACACCGUCACACACAUCCUGCCUGCCGAGCCAGAGGUGGAGCAGAUGGCCAGCACCGAGGCUAUGGAGGAGGAGGGCCCGGCCUAGGGAGCCCGGGCAGUGGGUGUAGAGGGUCCAGCCGCCUCUGGACCAUUCAAAGGAUUGUUUGUUUGCUUCCCCGCCUCAAUCCCAACUGCCUGCUUUCAUGGUUAGUUGGGAGAAACCACAGAAAUAAAGUGAAUAGAGACAGUUAGACCUGGAGAAGAAACACAGUGAAGCCAGACUGAGGUGAAGGGGCGGGGUGCUGGAGGGAAGACAGUGACUGGCCUUUGCCACACGCGGGAGCCCUGUGUGUACUCAGACGCGUGGCCCUGGUGAGCUGCAUCGUGACUGCCUUCAUCUGCUUUCCUGGAGCUCCAGGCAGCACGAGUAUGAAAGCCUGGUUAAAAGCUCAGCACCCAGAGUGUCUGGUGUUGCUGGAGGUUAGGGUGAGCCUGAAGGAAUUUCCUGACAGUGGCCAUGGAAAUGCAGAUGAGCGGAGGCCAGGUAUGGCCAGGCUGCCGCCAGGCCUUGCCUAUGGACUCACUGACUGGUCCUAGGUGUUCACCACUGGCUCUCCAGACCGCAGGACUGCUGCAUCAAGCACACCGGGGCUUCCAGAGCGCCCCAUUUCCUGUCCUGAGCCAGCCCCUGGUUGGGCAGAAGGUGGCACAGACCAUGGAAGGCUCACUGCAUAAGCAAAAUCAUUUGCCUCUUUGAAGGGCAUCAUUAGGCUGUUCUUUCAUGAACAGAGCAGGAAACCCAAGAGCAACUAAUUUGUGUUUGCUGUUACAAGGCUGCAUCUGUUUUGAAUUGAAAACACUAAUUACUGCAUGAAGACCUAGUCAGGCUUCCCAAAGUUUAGAACUUGCAGGCAUGUGGGCGACCAUCUGCAAUCACUGCUUCCUGUUUGGGGAGGGAAACACCGGUGAAUACUGAUCCUCCCAUUGGUGUGCAUUUUGGCCUAAAAUUUCUGGGCCUUGAGUAACUUCUAGUCCCCUUGUGAAUCCCAGUUUAUUUCAAGCCACCUCCCUACACAGUUGACCUCUGUCGCUGACUUUACAGAAUAGCUGAAGUCUCUAGAGGCAGUGUCAGCGCUGCAGGUUAGGGUUAAAUCUCUCUCAAGUGUGAGGUGUGAACGGAUUUUAACCUCAUUAAAAAUGUAUUAGAUGGUUUCUCUUGAUGGAUUUAAGGCUUACACAGUGAGCAAUUGCUUCCAGCUGUUGUCAACUUUUGCUUUUUCUUUGAAGAAUUUGCAUUAUCAUAGAUUGAGAAAUAAAAGGACAUCUGACUUAAAAGCUAAAA